CAUCCCUUUCUGAUGUAGUAUCCUUCCGUGUGUGUAGAUCAAGGUCAGCGUUGCGUCACGCCGAUGACGUAAGCACGCAUUUUUAUUUAUUUAUUUAUUUUUCCCUCAGAAAGGAAUCCUGAGGGCGCCGUUACCGUCACGCGCCAGCAGGCGGCGGACCAAACCCUCGUUGCCUCCCGUCCUCUCCUCCUCCUCCCGUCGUGUCGUGCUUUUACUCCCUCCUUUUCCUCCAAACACACGAACGCGAGUAACACCGGCAGCUUUAACUAUUGUCACACUGUCACCGGAGCAGGAACGUCACAUGAAGCCAUAAUAAUCCGGAAUAACGGGAAAACAAAACAGCAGGAUCCGAGAUCUGCCAGAGGAAAUCCCGAAUACAAAAACACUCGGAGAAAUCUGCAAAGACGUGCCCUCUGACGCCUUAAACACACACACUGAAGAAGUACAGGGAGCCAGAUAAAUGGCUGACAAACAGAUCAGUUUGCCUGCCAAGCUAAUAAACGGCGGUGUGGCGGGACUAAUCGGCGUUACCUGCGUGUUUCCCAUCGAUCUGGCCAAAACCCGCCUUCAGAACCAGCAGAAUGGAUCGCGGCUCUAUACCAGCAUGUCAGACUGCCUUAUUAAGACCAUCCGCUCAGAAGGAUACUUCGGCAUGUACAGAGGUGCGGCGGUGAACUUAACUCUCGUCACUCCUGAAAAAGCCAUCAAGCUGGCGGCAAAUGAUUUCUUCAGAUUUCACCUCUCUAAGGACGGGCAGAAACUCACUCUACUGCGAGAGAUGCUAGCCGGCUGUGGGGCAGGAACGUGUCAGGUCAUCGUUACAACACCAAUGGAGAUGCUGAAGAUUCAGCUGCAAGAUGCCGGAAGAAUCGCGGCGCAGAGGAAGCUCAUGCCUCAGUCUGUGACCCCUGGGGGCCCCGUGGAGGUGAAGUCCCCCACAGCUAUGCAACUCACCAGACAGUUACUGAAGGAAAAGGGCAUCGCGGGUCUUUACAAGGGCCUGGGAGCCACGCUGCUCAGGGAUGUCCCGUUUUCUAUCAUUUAUUUCCCUCUGUUUGCUAAUCUGAAUGAUCUGGGGAAGAGAGGAGUCGACGGUCCCGCUCCCUUCUACGUCUCCUUCAUAUCGGGCUGCAUGGCGGGCAGCACAGCCGCCGUCGCCGUCAACCCUGUAGAUGUGAUAAAGACCAGGCUACAGUCGCUAACACGAGGGAGCCAAGAGGACACUUACAGCGGGGUGACCGACUGCAUCAGGAAGAUUCUUCGCAACGAAGGUCCCGCUGCUUUCCUGAAGGGGGCGUACUGUCGAGCUCUCGUCAUCGCGCCGCUCUUCGGCAUCGCUCAGGUGGUUUACUUCCUCGGCGUGGGCGAACUCAUCUUGAGCUACCUGCCCAAACGAAACAACUAACCACCAAUCCCAUCAUGCACUGCACCAGUCGGUUCCCCUCCCCCCUCACAGGUCGCCAUUAUCGAAAGAUCAAAGCGUGACGUGGACCAGUCUGACUGAUUUUAAUCGUUUGUUGUUGUGCCGUUUUUGUUCAAAGCGCCGUGUAUCUUGAUCUGAAUGUGGUGCUUUUAAUACUGAGCGUAAAGUGAGAUUGCGUUUGCCAAGCUGCCUGUUUUUUUUUUUUUUCGUCCGGUCUCAUGCUGAGACAAAAUGAUGUUCUUUUACGAGCGUUUAAUUGUUGAGCCAUCGUCCGAUCACUGAUAUUUAAAGCGUAAAAUCAACACUAUGAAUCAUAGAGCUCUUGUUAAUUAUGUACUGAAAUAUCAACCCAACAUGAAGCUCUUUCUAAUUGUCAAUUUCCUGGAACAAGAGGACAUGUCAUGUUGAUUAGUAUGCCGUUUAUAUUAGCUGCUUCCGUCUUUCUUACGACCAAAUCUGAAUGCUUUUCCGCUGGGCUCAGAAUGAGCUUGAGGAAAAGAGUGACCUGAGAGCAGCAUAUCUGUGUGCCCUAUCAAGGCUUUAUUCAGCACGUGUUUCAAAAUGACAAGUCGGCUCUGGAGCUUAAUUCAAUUUAAUUUCUCAGAAAAGCUGAGAGAGACAUAUCUGUGAAUGGAAAAUGUGAAUUAGACUUGAAAGCAUCUCUCAAAUUGACUGAAUCAAAAUGUAAAUGCCUCCAGCCAGCCAUUAAAACUUCUGGAGAGUUCCCAGACUUCAGGAGAUAAUCAUUAUAGAUUAUGGGAUUCGUUUUGCAUGGCCACAGCACAAAGAAAAUUAAUGUAAAUGACCAAUUCGACUCCAGUCGCUACUGUUUCGCUACUUAGCAUUAGCAUUAAAUGUGGUCUUAAACCUCAUUUAAACCACAUUUGUAGGUGGUUUGAAGUUUAAUUAAUACAUUUUGGUUAUGGUAAGUCGUUUUUUCCUCAUUUAGGACGGGACACGUUUGUAACAUCAUACAAAGUGUGCAGUAAUUUUGCAGAUCUUGAAAAUGCAAGCAGUUCUUACCAGUGUUGUUAUUGCUUACUAAUAACAACUAAUAUAAACAUUUUUGUUAUAAAGUAAAGCUGAAAUAUAAUAAAACAGAAAAAUUGAACUAAAUGAAAAUGAGAAAUUAUUGGAAUUAUUAAAAAAGUGACAAUAGCACAUACUAAAAUUGCCAAAAAUUAAACUAAA